AUGACACACAUCGCCAAUUGUAUGCGGCUUCCUGAGGAUAAACCAGGUGCUGCAUACGGAAUAGUCCAUCCGAGCGACACUCGCGUGUCCACAGGAAAAGAUUCCUCAAAAUUGUACAAGAGGGGUUCCCAUUUGGGCACUUCUACCGCUUCUCGCCAAAUCAUAUAUCAACUCAGGCCCUCAUAUCCUCCAAAGCGUCCUCUUGAAAAAGUACCAUCAUCCUCUCCACAGCCUUUUAUCAGCCCAGACAGAGCUAUGGCUUUGGCUAUAGGUCGCUCGCCGAGUUCGCUCAGUGACACAGCCGUGACCUUGGAGCAUCAUCAAUCUAUCUGGCAAAUGAAACCGUGGGGCGGGGAUCUAUAUCGACGAAGAAAGGUCAGUGUGCCUGAAUUGAGUGCGGCCAUGGCUACUGUCCAAGAAAAUUCCCUCGACUCUCCAACGAUACCGGGACGACCUGCCCUCUUACGAAGCGCUUCGGCGGUCCCCGUUGGACACGAGAGAUGCAGUAGUGCUCCAGGCAAUGCCUGGCAUCAGGGACCGUUUGGAGAUGCACUACUUUCGUGUGUUACAGGUCCAGCACCUCUACGUCCCGAUCAUUGGAAUCGAGAUAUCUUCACUUCGGACAGUCCACAUUCUGCAGCCCUUCCAUACACAUCCCAAAUUUCCAAGAAGCCGCUAUCUCCUAUAUUGAGUCCUACCGCAGUACCACGGCCAGUGUUGAAGGUUGAUACCAAGACCACUCUUGUCGAUGACGACAACGAUGUGCCACCCAGACCACCACCAAAAUCUCCUUUGAUGAGUCGUAGAGGCUCUCCAGCUCUGAGAAGAAUGAACAGUGAUGGCAAGAUAGCGCCUUUAUUCCCAGCGGGCCCACAGAGUGCCCCAGCGCUGGAAGGCAGAAGAUCCCCAAACUUUUCGCAAGGUGCCGGAUCAAUAUCACACAGAGCGAUCGCGUCAGCAACAGAACGGAAAAAGUCACCCAUCAGUGAAAUGAAUUCAAGCCUUCAAGCGAGGCCAUUGCAUAGUCGCAAUCAGUCAGAUAAUACCAUUAUGGACCGUGGUCGGCCGUAUAAGCAGCUUAACAGAGAAAGAAGUCGGACAUGUUCCGAGACGGGCAAAAGCGCCCAAACUGACACCUGGCAUCUACCACCUGGAGUCCGUUUGUCUGAAGCCUUAAUUCAUCUGCCAGAUGAUGAGAGAGCAAGCUUGCACAAACAAUCUAUGUAUCAAGCUGAGAAGUUUGCCGUUCUACACAAAAAGGAUGUUACUGUGCUAUCGAGAGAAUUACGUGCACUUGACGAGCGCUGUGAAUACCUGCGAAAAACUUACAAGUCCCUACGGGAUGGACGACAGAAACUGCAUUGUCGUAUGAUAUCCUACUUAAAGCGGACCGAAUUCGUUUUCAGCCGCGAAAGUUUGCUCAAACAGGAAGAAGCACUUGCUGAGCUCGAUACAUCAAUCGACGAUUGGAUUCUCAAACUUGAACAGGCCGAGAAUCGCCGCCUCAGAGUUCGUCAGAAAUUGCUAGAACAUGUUGCAGCUGCUUUACUUCUCGACUCAGAGCAUAGUCGACCUAUGGUCGUCACGCCCACGACACCACCGAGAAGCCCUAUAAAGGUAGACAGCCCAAGAAGAGGUCCCGAGCGGAGAGAGGUUGAGUCUAUCAAGAUCUACGCAGACGGUCGGGCUCUGGACCUUUUCUCGGAUAUCCAACAAGCCAUCGGGCAGCUGUGCGAGCCCUCAGCCUAAUCAUUACCGCCUACACGGCACAUAACCCAUCAUAAUGGUUUCUUGUACACACGACCCGGUUAGUGAUCGCUCUUCUUGGGCGUUUCACAGGGGGCACGGCCUAUACUGUCUGAAAGUCGUCGUGCACGGCUACAGAUAUAAUCUUCAUGACUCAUGUUGCUGCGCGAUAUUCUAGAGCGUGCGGCUUGACCCAUAUUUUUCUUUUUUCCUGUAUGGUGGUUGAGCUUGCGUCCGGAACCCGAACUUACUGGGAGUAUUUAUAGUAGACAAGAAUAGUUACAGCUAUUUUCUUGACCAUGGGUCCUCCAGCUGUUUCAGGAUUAUGAGGAGUGCGGGAUGGACGGCAACCCUGGUCACCAAGUCUUCGCAGCUUGAUACCUUAACAGGAGUCUGUCCAAGGUAUUACAAUAGACGGUAAAUAAUACAUCAGAUAUUUGAUGAGGUCAU